AUGAACGCGGCGAAACAGAGAGAAAAAUUAGGAUACGAAUCAAGGAACACCUUCGAAAGAUCAGAAUUAACGGAACAUAUCGCACAGAGUGGACACGAGAUUAAUUGGAGAGCUAUAGAAAGAAGGGCCUCAUACAGUAACAACACAGGGAUUCGGAAGAUUAGGGGGGCAAUUGACAUUGUUGGGGAGACAAAUCUAAUGAACAGGAGAUUGGAGGAAGGUAGAACUAGCGAUAACUUUGCCUACUGCUUAAGCAAACUCGGGGACAACAAGAAUACAGCAAGACCAGGAAAAAGGAAAUGCCUGGGUCAGGGAUCUAUCGCUAGCUGGAGGAAAAGGGAUCGCGAUGAGCAAAUGGGAGAUGGGGCGGGGAUUUUCGGCAAUCAAAAAAAGACGUUGUCAGUGCGUGAUGUCUGUUCGAAUAAACCGGUACAAGAUUGGAGGCCUAACAGUCAAGGAGCUGGGCAGACGGACAAGCAAACCGUAAGAGAAAUUCGGCGUUAUCGCCAAAAUAUACUAGAAAUCUACUUGAGAUGCAGCUCGCCGCCAGAGAUAGGCUUUCACAGUGGUAAUAUGGGUUUAGUCAAGGAGACGACCAGUGUGCGCAACGCCUGA